CUAUGAGAGCAGCUGGGUACACUGCGAGAAGGGACUCCGUUUUGCCGCAGAGAUGGGUACUCCUGAGAAGCCAACGGUCGUCAUCUCCGGCAUGUCCGGACGCUUUCCGGGAUGCGACUCAGUAGAGGAGCUAAAGGAAAAGCUGUACAGUGGAGAGAACAUGGUAACUGCCGGCGGGUGCCGCUGGGGGAGUGGAUUGUGGGGUGAAGAACCCCAUAUAGGCAAGCUAAACAGCCUUUCACAUUUUGAUGCAGAAUUCUUUAAUCUUCCCCCUGCAAUAGCUGAUAAAAUGGAUCCACAAGCUCGCAUAAUGACUGAAGUUGUGUGUGAAGCUAUAAUUGAUGCUGGUAUGUAA